UAUUAGACCACUCCCCUCUUUUUGAGAGUGUCUCUCGGUACAAAUAUUAGAGUAACUUCUCCUGCUGCUAGGUUUAGACUGACAGCCUUCUCCUAUCCUUUGCAGCAGACAACAGGUGGGUCACAUUAUUUUUAUCUGCUCCUCUUGUUCCCAUUAUUUUCUCUGAUACAGAAAACAAACCUUAAAUGUUAAUCUCAAAUCAAAUGCUCCAUCUAAAACCAUAAUUUUUGGGAUUAUAUAACUGUAUAACCUCAGCUAAAUGUUUAAAUUAUUAUCACCCAUUUGGAGCUCUGAUUAGUUGAUGUUUAUUUGAGUAAAAGUAUGAAGAAUAAAUCGAUUACAUGCAUUCAAUGUUCCGAAAUCAAAAUGUAUGAUUUUCGGUUUUAAAUCUGCACAACAGCUGCAUCUCCUAAAAAUGACAUUUUAUUUUCUUUUUUCCUCUUGCAGUUGUCAUAUUUUGCAUCCUGCCCUCCACAAUCAAAGUGUUUAAGGCGGGAGUAUGUAUUAUUCUUGCAAUAUUUGCCCUGAUGGCUGCUCUGCUGAAAGUUUCUCUAGUUCCCAAUCUGAUCCCUGUCGAGCUGUUUCUGUAGCCUUACAAAAAGAAAGUGAGACAAUGAAAAUCCUACAGAAGCAAAUUUAUUACAGCAACAGUGAUGUUUGUUCAGGGUUGAUCUCUUCCAGCCAGCAGGAGCUCAAUCCCUCUAGAGACAAUGGACAUACACCCACAAAAAGGCACCCAUCUGCUGUGUUCAGCUCUUGUGGUUACCCCGAGGGGGACCAAAACAGUGGUCAUGAAGCAAAGCGUGCCAGAGUGGAAAGUAUCAUCAAAGGCAUGACCAGCUCCCCUGGUAUGCAGUGCGCAGAUAUGGUGAAAAAUCAGUACAAGGAGUCAGACAGCAUGGAAGAGAAUGACAAGAUUCAAGAAAAGCUUUUACAACGGAGAACAGGUGUAUCUGGUAGCAGGGGCCACAGCCAGAUGACAAAAAAAUACCCUCAAAGUUAUCUCAGUGCAGGAUUUGAUAAGAUGGAUGUACCAACUAAAACUUUAAAUGAUGGCGAGGAGGAGAAAUAUCAGACUUUAAAUAAUCGUCUUGAAACUUCUCAAACUGAUGAUUGUUUGGAUUUAUCUAGUGAGUUAGACAGCAGCUCAAUUACAGAAUUACAAGGAUGGAAGAAAGUGAAGCUGAAAAACAACUUUCAGUCCAAACCUGAGAGAAUAAAGCUAAUGGCAAAUGUUUUGAAAUUUGAACUUUCCAGAGCGGUCAGCAGGAGCGUCGACUUUAUUUUUGAAAGCACACCACUCCUUCAGACAUCAACUGGUGAAGGAACGGAGUCGGAUGCCUUUUCCGAACCAUCAGCUCACAAAAAUGGAAAUCUUCAACUUUCGCAUGGUGGGAACACAGUGGUGCCAAUCCCAGACGUCCAAACAGAAGCUCUGUCUCUUGUUGUACAGAAGCCUCAACAUGAGAAAGACGACGAGUUUGUCCUUCAGCCCACACCAAGAAUCAUCUUGAGUCCCAAACCACAAGUUUCCUUAUGUCAAGAGACAGAUCUGUGUGAAGACAAGCUGUCUGAGAAGAGUCACUUCACUGCUUGUCAACAUGCUCUCAGCUGCUUACAAGAAGUGGGUCCAGUAAAACUUGCAGCGUUUAAUACCCAUUGGAGUUCAUCUAAAGUGAGGUCAAAGGUCAAUUCCAGAAGACCGUAUGCUCAGACUGUGUCAGUGGAUCCUCUGCUUUUAGAGCGCUUGUGUCUCCCUCAUGUCAAGAUUGAGUCUGAUAGUCUGAUGAAGAAUAACCUCUACAUGCUGAAUGUAUCCUGAGCAAUGUGGGCUAAGUAAUGAUCUUUACCUCCUUCUUAAGUCGAAGUCAAAUAUUCUUCUCUUGGUUAUAGCUGAAAAUAUUCUUUCCCUUUCUUUUGUGGUCCAAAAUGAACAAAGUAUUUGAAACUGGGUUGUUUUAUCAACAACUUCUGUUUGUGUUUUUUUAGCGUUAAUGAAAAAGUGUUUCCAACAACAAAAACAGUGAAACUCAUACUGCUCUUUACCCCUUAAGAUUUGUGUGUUUGAUCCUUAAGAACGGUACUUUUAGGAAGGUUUGACCACGAGUCAUUUGAAGAAAGCAAAGCUCAUGUUUUUCUACACUCGCUACCCAAGCUCCAUGGUGCUGAAGAUGUGUUUCCAUGAUGUGCAGGUGAGUGCAACUGUUUAAAAAUACCAAUAUAAAACAAGUUUGAUAUAAUUUACAUUGUGAUGUUUUCCUUGCUGUUUCGAGAAAAAGGUGUUCUAACAAAAAAGCAUUAUAAACAGUUUUAAAUGUGCUGCACAAUUAAAGAUUUAAAAGUUACUGAAAGUGUUUCCAAAUAAGAAAAUACAUUUUUAGUGCUACAGUAUAAAGAACCAGUCCAAGGCAAAUAUGAACCAUUUGUUUUUAUUUAUUCACAGCAUUAUCAUCAAACAUCAUCAGGAUUAAUAACUGUACCCUGCUAUUUUAACACUGUGGGAAAAAUUGACAGACAUAUUUUAUAUUGCAUCUUUUAAUGAGGGUAAUUGGCUUCCCCAUCACUAUAAAUUAAGUGCAGGAAACCUUUGAUAAACUUACCUGCCUCUUUUUCCUCUUUUUGUCUUCUGCAGUUCACCCGCUGCAUCACUUCUCAGCUCAUCAAGUGGUUCAGCAACUUCAGGGAGUUUUUCUACAUCCAGAUGGAGAAGUUCGCCCGGCAUGCUCUCAUUGAAGGGUCUACAGAUGUCAGGAGUUUGACUGUGGGGAGAGAAUCAGAGCUCUUUAGAGCUUUAAACACGCACUACAACAAAGCAAAUGACUUCCAGGUCAGUAAAACUACAGACUGGAAAGGCUAUACACUAUCUUAUCAUUGUGAAUUUGUCUAAUACUCAUGAAUUCUCAUUGUCAUUUAUGUUAUUUGGGUUUGAGAGCUUUCAAUGCGGUCAUUUUAAAGUCUUAAUGAGACUGUUUGCACUCCAGUGUGGUUUCAUUUACUCUGGAUUUGUGUGUGUAGGAGUGUGUAUUAGUUUCACAUUUCUCAUAAGUCUCCACUCUGCUUUAGUUCUGCAUGCGUGUGACAAUGAGCAAACAGUAGGGCGGUAAAAACUAGGGCAAGACAUUUUGACAUGCUUCCUAAUUUUCAUCUUACAUUUUUGUAAAAGUAAUCAUUCUUUAUGUCGCUAUUGGAUUUUUUACACAGCAUUAGGUCACAAGCCAGGCUACAGUAUUAUCGAUGUUUAAAAACGACACCAAAAGAUACUCAAAUAAGCAUUUUGGGAAAAAGUCACCGACUCAUUUUGUUGGUGGAUAAAGUUUAGAGCACAAUGAUUGGACUUUUGUUCAGGAUUAAAAAGAAAGGCUGCCAGAACAGCAACUUUAGUUUCCAGUGUUAUUGGACAUACGAAAGAAAAUAUCUCUGUGCGUUCUUAUUCUUCAUAUUUGCGUGAAUGAGGAAAUGAUUCUUUUCCUUAAUCAGGAACUGAUAGUGCAAUCAAACGGAGGUCUUGAUUUGUGUCUUUCUACCAAAUAUGGUCAUAGUUUUAUCCAGCAUUUUUUCCCCUGUGUAAGUUCAAAACAGUAAUAAUAUCACAGAGUGGUAGUAUCAAAUAACUGAGACUUAUACAGAGCAUUUCGGUAUUAAAGGGAGACUUUAAAAACAGAAGCAUUUCUUAAUGAAGUGAAAAUGCUGUCAUUAAGAACCCAGGUAAAAAAAAAAAAAAAGACGGAUAAAGGUAAAACAUAACCAGCUCACUUGCUUGGGAUGCAAGUUUUGAAGUGAACAUCACAAGGACAUUGCCUUCAACUUGAAUUGUUAUGAGUUUUGGUUUUGCAUUCAGAUAACAGGUCAUUGAGGUGUUCUGGUCUUUUGAUACAUUGUUACUUAUUUUUUAAUUAGCACACGUUCACUGGAUCGACAGAAAGGAAUGAAUGUUUUAUAUAUUCCACAAUUAACUAAGGGCUAUUUUUAGACCAUGGAGCUUUUAAUUCAAAUCCAUACUCAUUUUAAUCCACUGACUGUAUUUAACAUGUGUACCUAAGCUUGACCCCACACCAUAUGCUAAAAAUUGUGAAAAUCUAUUGUAUAGUUUUUGCGACAUGGGCCCCCCCAUGUGCAUACAGGACACAAAACAUUGCUUAAAAGAACUAAUCCGCCUGUAUUAUACUCAAAUAUUCAAACAUAGUCUCAGCAGUUUAGCCGGUUAAAUUAAUGACCUUAAAGAGACAGUUUUAUCUCACAUAAAUAUAACCAUGAAAGCAAACUGAGAGACCAGGUUUAUAGUCCCACAACAUAGUCUACUACAAUUUACAUUCACUCCAUUUCACACACAUUCACAAGAGAGUUGGUAGAGGAUGCGAGAGGACCGCGCACCCCAUCAGGUUCUUCUAUAUUAAUUAUUAUUCAUUCACUGUUAUUCACUGACAACUAUGCUGCAAGAAAGGUGGAAACUGCCAGUAACUUUCUUUGAUAGAAACAUAAAUUUAGAUUCUACCAUCUUUUAUAAACUUGGUACAAAGUUUAGUUUUCACUUCAGGUCAGCACUGCAUUUUUAACAAAACAUCUCAAUUGGCAUUCUACAUAUCCACAGUGAUUUAACAUUUCAUAUUAAGUACAAUGUCCCUCUGGCAGGAAAGACAGAAAAGCUGAUAAAGGAGAGAGGGGGAGAGAUUUGAGUGCAUGAAUGCAACCUGCUUCUGAUUGGCUGAAAUUCUGAAUGGGGUCUUGUGAGCCAGUUUGUUACCAUUUACAGAGCAAGAGACAGAUCAGCUCCAAGCAGCCUUUGAAUUUAGCAAAGACUGUCAUGUACACUUUACCUUUCAAUUAGUCAUUAAUAAAAACAAUUUUAUUUGCCAAACACAUUAGAUUUUUACAGAUUUCUGCUAAGUCUUUUCAAAACACACAAGGACAGAUGAUGUCUGGGCAACCCACAGUUAUAUAUAUGAAAAAAAAGCUCUUUCAAAAAAAAACAUGAGUGCCUAAAACAGGCAAGGAAAGCCUUUUAAAAUCAAGGUGUUUCAAAUAUGAUAACCGUUUCUUGUAACUAGAGCAGUAGAUAUUUUUGAGUUUGACAUGUUUCAUGGUGUUGAAACAUGUCAAAGUAAAAACACUGGGUCUAGCUAGAAAAAUUGAUUAUUACAAUAAACAGUCAGACCAAAUGAACCUUUUUGGAUUAUAACAGUCAUGUUCCUAAUUUUAUGAACCCCCUUAAAAAAGUCAAGUCAUAGAGGCAGUGGAUUUAACUUUUGAUUUUCUCUUUAAGAGACAGAGAGGACAGAAGGGAAUCAGCAGCUAUGACUGACAAAUCUUUUUUUCUUAAACUUUCAGCUAAUCAGUUUUUAUCAGGCAAAUGAUGCACAUGAACAUUUACAGCAGUGAUAGUGGGGUUGUUCAUCUGGAAGCAUAAGCUUGAAAAAUAUGUUAAAUUUGUCUAAAAAGUCAAUCAAGACGAAAAGCUCUUGGAAGUCAGCAGUGUCUUUGUGUCUGCAAGACACGCUGGCAUCUUGAAUAUCAUGAUGGUGUGCAUUUGCUUGGGGAAAGAAACAGUCUCAGCCUGCUUGUCUGGUUUCUGAUGGACCUGUAGCGCCUGUCUGAGGGCAACAGUUCAAAGAGGUGGUGGGCGGGGGGUAGUCAUAAGAGCCUUCAAAACUCUGACAGGAUUCAAUUCCUAAACUAAAAUGUUAAGUAUAGGUGUGUCUCAGGAUAGAAAAUCAUACAGUACAACCAGUAGAAAUAUUAAAUUUCCACUCUUUUCACUUGUUCAAAUACAUAUUCAUCCACAAUCCUUUUGCAAAGUCUGGUGUAGUUACUUACCUUGCAAUGUAGGGCCUUGUUCUGAUAAAACAAAACAAAAUAGAAAUCUCAGUUUUUGUCUAACAUACAGAUAACAGAGUGAAGAUUGUGGGUGUACAGCUUUAAUAAAAAUGCUGAAAUAUUCUCCUGUGAAUUCACAGGUUCCUGACAGAUUCCUGGAUGUUGCAGAGAUUACACUAAGAGAAUUUGUCAUCGCCAUUUCACUGGGAAAAGAUUGUGAUCCAUCAUGGAAGAAAGCAAUCUACAAGGUGAUCUGUAAACUGGACAGCGAUGUACCAGCUGAGUUCAAACACCACCGCUCUGUUUGAUUAAAUGAAGACUUUGUGUGCCACAGUGCUUACAGUCGCAAAGUGGACUUAGUCAUGCCUAUAGUAGCAAAAUACUGUGUUUUUGAUGAAGAGUAUAGUGUAGGUUACAACAGGCAAAUGUAGCGCAUGCCUGCAUAUUUCAAAUAAAUGGCUGAGUGAAUCAAAAGCAUUGUUUUUGUAUGAGGUAGUUGGACAUGACAUGUUUUUGCUAUAUCAGGCACAUAAUAUAGCAAAAAGACCAUUUUCAUUGUUGUGAUGUCAAAAAACAAAGCGCACAUCUUCCUUUUUGUGGAGCUGUCAAGCAGAAAUAAGGUCCAGACACUGUUGGCCAAAACAUGUUUAAUAUUCCUUUAAAGUAUUGCCAGUCAAAGUGUGCACACAAAUGCAUAAUUGAAUUUACAUCAUAAAACAUCUUGUAAACAUUUACAAACUGGUAUUAAAUAGCAGUGUUUUCCCACCAUACUUACUUUAAAGAUCCAUCCAUAUCUUUGUGGAAAAAAACACUCCUGGCCUUCUGUCCAACGGAAAUGGUCCAUAUGGUCUUCAGCUGUCAUCCUCUGUCCUCCGGUUAGAGCUGAUGAGCUUUCUUCUGUCUUCAGUAUCGGUAAUGCAGAUCUUCAGUGUGAAGAUUCAGACCCUUUGCUUCACAGGUGGAAAGUUUGGAAAUGUAAAAUAAAUUUUAAAAAGUGACCAAAAAUGUUCAGACUUUUGUCUGUUUUAAAUAAUAAUCAACAGAUAUAUUGAUUCCAUUUUAUUGAAAUCCUUAUUUUUAUGUGUAAAGCUGUGUCAGAGUAUUUAUAUUUUAGCUUAAAAUUUUAAUACUCCAUAAAUUAUAUAGAUCAAAAUGUUGUGAAUUAACAGGGAAUAUUUCAUAACUUUUGAGUAUUUCAGUGAAAAAGGUAAUCCAAUUUAUGCAUAACACUUAUUCACUUUGCUUACUCACUUUAAAAUCCCUGAAUUUGUGUGUCUUUUUAUUUAUUUAUUUGUUUUUAACCAAUUUCAUCACUGAAUUCACUUUAAUUUCAGAGAGGUUUAAAUAUUUUAGUAAAAUAUUUAAACUGCAAAGUUUAAAAU